AUUCAUUUAAUCUUUUAAAUCAAGCAUGGAGAGCAGGGACUGAAUACACAUUGUACCUGCAAACAGGUAGAAGCCUGCCUAGUGAAUGUUUUCUGUAAGGAAGCAAAGCAUUACAGAACCCCCGGAGUGAUGGGGUUAAGGCUAGACCUGUUCAUCAGGCCCUUCCCUGAAGGCAGUUGCAGCCAAUCUGAAUGCAGGACAGCGGUAACUGACAGACUUCAAGGUGUUUCUGCUGCUCCUCAUUCCUGAACUACCGUGAAGAUGAGGACGGUCGCAGUCUUUAUGUUUCUGGCAGCAAUCACCCUAUGUUACUGCUGGACACCUCAAAGGCAGGACAGUUCAGGGAGGACAAAUGAAAACAGGGGUCUGGCCAAAAGAAAUGGGCACAAAGAUGCUCUGGGAUCACCACUUCGUCCUGAAAGGCACCACCUGAGAUGCUGUGAAAGGCUUAGUCCCCAGCACCCACAGCGAAAGAGACGCCACAUGAGAGCACCAAGGGCACACCCAAUUCAUCAGCGCCGCCGAUGCACCACGAACUGCAGAGGCAAGAAGCCCUCUAAAUUCAUGGUCCCCCUUCCACUUUCCUAAGGAAGAGUGUGGCCAAACAAUGAUCCAUGAAACCAGGUCACCAUAAAGUAAUUUCCAAGACCUGGUCAAUAUGAUAUAGUUAAUAUUUUUGUAGUUUAUCUGCAUUCUUUUUUUGGCUUUGCCCCUUUUCAAUUGAAAAGCUUAAUCAAAAGUCACAUAAAACUAAGUUGCAUGAAUUUUGUUUGUCUGACAAUAUUACCUUUUUAUUCUAUGUUAUCAUGGGGUGUUAAUAUUUCCUCUGCUGCCUACAUCCUGCUCAGGUAACUUCAGGCAUCAUGGAAAGAUCCAAAUGUAAUAAACAUGCAUAAAAUAAAUACACACUUAUAGUAAAUUGAUCAACACUGCGCAGGAUGGUACCUACAGCAGUACAAGAUGUAGCAGUAACACCUAGAACUUAUUGGGGUACUGUAAUGAAAGUUGGAAGUCACAUGGUGUGACUGUUUAUCCUGUGAUAAAGAAUAAAGAGAGGUAAAGCUGUCCAUACACUGGUAGAUAUUGUAUUCUUUUGGUCAGUAUACAGGACCUAUUUGCCCUACCACUUCUGCCUCAUUAGUCAAGUGGUUCUAUCCAUGUAUGGCCACCUUAAUAUUUUAAAAGACAAUUUUCUGCAUGCCACAACUCAAUCAUAUGAUCUAAUAGUCUGUUAAAUGCCACUUGAUGUCAUGCCAAAUGGGCAUGAACUAUCAUUUCCACAAAACAAAUGUUUUAGCCAACCAAAUGUAAUUCACUUUCUACACACUGAAAGAGCAUCACUGCUAAUAGAUAAGUAAAUUGGUCUAUGUAACUGAUUUUCUUACUGACUUGGCUGCUGUGAGGAUAUCCUGCCUGUUGGGCGGCAUGGGAAACACUGAAUUACAGGAUUUAGUUCCCCAAACUAACAUCACUAAUACAAUCUGCUUAAAUUAAAUAUAUUGUUUUAUAUCAAGACAUUGGCAUGGGCUAAACCUCAAAUUUUAUGCCAUACAGGAGACGCAAGUUGCCAUAAAUCAGUCAAUAACCUGAGGACAGAAAAAAUGAUACUUGAAGCUCAAUAACAAGAUUCAUAAAACCACAUUUAUAGAUCAACACUUUUAAUGUGCCCAAUCUUACAAAGAGUCUAUGGCAAGAUCUUGCAUAUAGAGCAGAUUUACCUUGUGUUUCAUGGUUACUUGGCCCUAAGGCCAGCAAUGCACAUUGUAACACUCCUAGUUUACCCAAGUGCCAAUUAUAGCCUACUGAUAACAGACAGCCUACUAUCCUACACAGAUACCUAACAGACUUGAUUCUUCAUUCCUAGUACAAAAUGAUCUUGUUUCUUUUAUUCCUUUAUUAAUACAUAUGGACUUCUGUAUGUAGCACAGAUUCCUUAUGAUACUAAUAAGGGAUUCGUUAUUUAAGGCUUAUUUUUUAGAUAACUGUCUUUUAAAGGACCACAUUGUCCUACAAUUAUUGCAUAUUUCAUUAAACAUUUUUCAGUAAUGACCAAUGCUUUAUUUUUAAUCUUACUUGUCUCAAGAAAGUUUGCAUAAAGACACAGUGCUGCAGUAUACGGCACAAGGUACUGACUGACAGCAAUUGAUCAGCAAUUAAAGAGACCUUUAAACUGGGUCAUUUCUUUUCUUCGCUCUGUGUUUCAAACUUACACAUAAGGAGAAGUUCAGAACUCAAGGGCUUUAACUUGAUUAAAUGCCAUCCCCUAUUCUCAUAAUUGCUCUGAAGAACCUAGGUCAGAAUAAUUGCAAAAUGAAAGUGUUCUUAAGACAUACAUUUCUACUCUGUUCAGUACAAAAAAUGAACAGCCAAAAUGCAUUUUUAAUUAACCCCUAUUUGUGUUGUAUCAUGUCUCUGCUACACCAAGAUGAAAUCUCUGUGCUCUUAAUGCAAAAUAGUAGUUACAAGAGCCAUGAAAAAACUACAGAAGCAGAGGAAUUAAUGAAAUAUCUGAACUCUACAGAAGCUCUGAUGUUCUUGUGUAUGUUCUUCUUGGGGGGUUACUCUUCCCUUAGAUCUGUGUCAUGGACACUACUCUGGCACCAGAGGAUCAUGGUCUGGGACAUGCCCAACUUAGAAUAAGUCAGUGUUGCUCACAGAUCCCUGAACUUUCAAGUAUUGCCUGCUGAUGCACGGUUUGACUGCUCAUAUCACAAAAUGAAAUGAUUGCCACUGGGUCAGAAACACACCCCUGAUAAAUGAUUAUCUAAAUAUUAUAAGGCUAUGUGAAGCUCACUACAUUAAUACUUCUCUGCAAUUACAUACAAAUGUUAUUUUACUCAGUUGCUAAGGAGGGCAAGGGGCAAAGAACAGUUGGCAGCUGUUACAUACAAGGCUUUAUCUUGUCUGCAUUGCAGUACUUGCACCCUGCCUAAGCAAUAUAUUUCACAACAGUCAUGGCGAUUUCCCUAAGAGAAUGUGUUAUUCACAGAAAUGAUCAGAAGCUUUUGAGAAAAUAAUUUUAAUUUAAAAAAGUGUUACUUUUUUACCAACUAGAAAAACAAGGCAUUCUGUAAUUUAUGUUUUAACAUAUUAACAAAAUACAUUUAACUGGAAAGUACCACUAUGAAUUUAUUGCAGGCUUAAUUAAAAACAAUUUGCCCUUUU